GGCGGGGCCGGUGGGGAGUUCCUCGCGGUGAGCCGGAGCUGUCAAACAGCAACAGUCGCCUGAAACAUUAUCCCCGCUCAGAAAACACCGAGCUGCGAGCAAGAGACAAGAAACAACAGAAACAGGCUUCGACUUCACUUCGACAUUCAGCUUUGGGAAUUUAAAACCGUCUCUGUUGUGUGUGUGUGUCUCUCUCUCUCUCUCUGUGUGUGUGUUUUAGCUUGGCUCGACUUUUGUUGACAAACUAGUAGCCCAGUCGCGGCUAACACUGAAGCUAGCUGCGUUGACCAACUUCUUCCAGUUUUUUUUUAAUUUUUUGGAUAAAUGCGAACCUGAAAAAGGCAUGAAACCAAACUUAAAGUGUCUCCUACAAACAUCCCCAUGAAGUAAAAACAGGUCUCCAGGGGCUCACUAUACAUCUGUCAAACAUGUGAGAACCCUCUCAUCCGGGUGAACCCCCCCCCAGUUACAAGCCGCAAGGAACUGGACUAUUAGGAAACAUCUUGGAUCCAGCCAGGGUGCAUCACCAGGAUAGCCCUGAACACGAUUUUAAACCGAUUUUCUCCAAGACGCAAACUGAGUGAAUUCUGUGGUGCCGUGGAACUCAUCACAACAAUCUAGUCCUCUUGUCAUGUGGGUACAUUACAGAAAAAGGCCCAUAUUACCCUCACUGGUAUCACCGUCUUUCACGUCACCAUGGACCGGAAUAAACGCAACUCCAUUGCUGGGUUCCCCACGCGUCCAGAACGGAUCAAUGAGGAUAAAGAUGGUCUAGGAGGGGUAGGGGUCGGCGAGAUGGGCAUGGGCCCGCCUUCACAGGUGGGCAGGGUGUGGCCAUCAUCCUACAGAGCCCUCAUCAGUGCCUUCUCCUGUCUUACACGCCUUGAUGACUUCACCUGUGAGUGGAUUGGCUCGGGAUUCUUCUCUGAUGUCUUCAAGGUACGUCAUCGAGCUUCAGACCAAGUCAUGGCUCUGAAGAUGAACAAGCUGAGCAGCAACCGGGCAAACAUGUUGAGAGAGGUCCAACUGAUGAACCGGCUUUCCCAUCCAAGCAUACUCAGGUUCAUGGGAGUGUGUGUCCAUGAGGGCCAGCUUCACGCUCUGACAGAGUACAUCAAUGGCGGAAACCUGGAGCAGCUUCUGGACAGUAACAAACACCUGAGUUGGCCCACGAGGGUGAAACUGGCCUGUGAGGUCGCCAGCGGUCUGGCUUACUUGCACUCCAAAGGCAUAUUCCACCGGGACCUCACCUCCAAGAACUGCCUGAUUAAAUGUGAAGACAACACCUACUCAGCAGUCGUGGGAGACUUUGGCCUGGCAGAGAAGAUCCCCACCAAUCCUGCUGAACGAGAGAAGCUUUCAGUGGUCGGUUCUCCUUUCUGGAUGGCUCCAGAGGUGCUGAGAGAUGAGCUCUACAACGAGAAGGCCGACGUGUUCUCCUACGGUAUAAUCCUGUGUGAGAUCAUCGCAAGGGUCCAGGCUGACCCGGACUUCCUUCCCCGCACAGAGAACUUCGGCCUGGACUAUCACACGUUCCAGCACAUGGUCGGAGACUGUCCGCCUGACUUCCUCCAGCUGGCGUUCAACUGCUGCAAUAUGGACCCUAAGCUCCGUCCGUCCUUCCCAGAAAUCGUCAGACACCUCGAGGAGAUUCUCGCUCGCCUUAAAGUCAAAGCUACGGAGCACGAGUGCGUCCCACUCAGCGGGGACAACGACCGGAGGACCAUACCUAAAGGUGAGAAGAUCCAGGGCUUCAAGCGGCUAAACCCUCUCGGUUUCCAGGAUGAUAAAAUCCCACCGAAAUCACCCCGCCCGAGACGAAACAUCUGGCUCAGCCGCAGCCAAUCGGACAUCUUCUCCUGCAAACCAGGAAGAAAAAUCAACGUCCAGGACCCUUAUUACAACCCCCCCGCCACCGCUCACCGAGCCCCCAAAGCCCACAAGAUCAACCCGUUCACCGCCAGAGAGGACCUGUGCGGGGGCAAGAUCAAGUUUUUCGACGUGCCCAGCAAGUCCGUCUUCUCGCUGGUGUUUGACCUCCACUCGCCUCCGGGGAGCGCGUUCAGCAACCAGCCGCCUGCUCACGGACCUGGAGGAUCCCAACAGGAGACGUCUUACUAUUGGCAACAGCUGCCAGGUAGACAGUGUCACUCCUUACCGGUGUCCCCACAACUGCCCCGCGCUGAGAUCUUCCACGUCGCUGGUGCUGUUAGCUCCAAUAACAACGGUUCAGUGACGUGUAACCCCAGCCAGCUCUCCACAACGCUGCCAGCUGCUAACUCCAGGCCCGACGCAGGCCUGAUGGGAAACGACGUCCGACAGAAGGCGCCGUUGAGCACCUGGGCGAAGAAAUACGUCGUGGUCGAGAUCCCACCUUACUGCAGGCAGAGAGGAGGGGAGGAGGACGGAGAGGUGGACGGCGGGAAGGAGGCAAACGAGGAGGAGGACGAGUACGGGGAGAGCUGGUCUCCGAUGGUCCCCAGCAGCGAGAGAGACAGUGGAGAGGCGAUGGACUGCUCCAGCAGCCUGGAGGAAGAGGAGGAACGACAGAGAGGGACCGACACAUGCCCCAUGUAACACACACAUGUAAAUCCACACACACAUACUCGAACACGGAGGUGGAUUUGGACAAGAGGGGGACAUUCACCCCUGGAGUGUGGACAUGGAGGCAGUGGGAACCUGUUUGUAGAAGUAGACUGACAGACUGGACACAUUUCAGAAAGCACUUGAUUUUUAUCUUUUCAAGUGAACGUAGCGCAUAAAUCAAGCUCGCCCGACGUUAAGAAAUAACUCUCACCCUGGUGUGACAGAACAAGUCAUGAUUUAGCACAAAAAAGAAGCUUUUAUCGACACAGUGGACACUCAGCAUAGAGAUUAUUUUUUUGGAAAAAAGCUGUUUAUAUUUAAUAUCGUGAGAUGAUGUAGAUUUUUUUUUUUUGUCCCUUUCAAAGGUUUCUUGUUUAGGCGUCUUCGUCUACGAUGAGCGGUAUCGAGGAGCCCUCGUGUUGCGUAUGUGUGAGUGUUUGUGUGUUCUGAUACGUUUCCCCGGUGUUCUUUGUUAGACAAAUGUUUAUGCCGAAUCAAAAUAAUCCCACAUUUUUCUAAUUAAUAAGACGAGAGGUGGUUUAUGAUAACUGACACGUUCAUUCACGUGUUUCGUCUCCUCCUACUACACUCUGCCCAGCAGCAGCAGAUGGUUGUAGUUUAGAGUUUCAUCGAGUCCACGGUUGUAGAGGUCGCAGUGAUUUUAACAUAUUUAACCCUCUAAUGACAUGGUGGUGGUCAGAGGAAAAUAAAUCAGCCAAUCUAACAUCAUUAAAUUCAUGAAUCCAGAGCACAGACUGUAGGCGGACAUGGAUGUUGUGAAAAAACUUUCAAAUCUUUCAAAAAGUCCCCUCUUGUAACUCUCUAACCCAAAUUUAAAGCGAGACUGUGCAACUUCUGAAAGACAAAAUAACACACUCCCUCUCACAAAUGAAAAGUUGAAUUCAUAAAACAAUAACACACACCCGAACUCACUUUGAUACACUCAGGGAUUUAGCUGCUGUAGCCUGAUAUGACCCGGAGCUUAUGGUGGAUAACGUUAGUGAAUCAUGCCGUACUCAGGAUGAACAUGUUUUUUUUUAAAAGGGAGGGUGGUUUCGAAACAUGCCUGAUCUUCAGGCUUUUUAUUGUGACUGUAUUUAAUGUUCCCAGACGAAUAUUUGACAGUUUAAGACUCAUUUUGAGGUUAUCCAUCUUUGCUUUGAUGAAGCAGUUUUUUAACACAAGUUACAUGGAAUUUUUGGGACGGGUUGGAGCUUGGCAGUAUCGGGAAAAUUAAACGACUCAGUAUAUAACCGCCUUUCUGGAACUUCUUGUGGGUGACGGAGGCCUGCACAGGACUGUUGUCUCUUUGGAUCUCGAACACAAAGGACACUGCGGCGUUCACUGUCCGUCCAAAUGCAUGCAAGGCCGUUCCACCCCAGACUGUGUUCCCUCUUCUUAAAGAAAGAGUCGAAUAUUGAUUUAUUUUCCUUUUUUAUCCUCUGUCUUCACCAGGCACUAGUAUAGUUUGUACAGUUCACCCUCACCCUCAAGAAUGUUUUCAUUAAAGCAGCUCACUGUUCUGCAAAAGUUGCAUAGUCUCGCUUUAAAGAACUGAACUGAAAUGAAACAAACUGAGAGCUCCCUGAAGAUAAUUCAGAUAUUCCCUGAAACAGUGUUACGAAACAUUUUCAGUUGCGAUGAGCUCAUGGUUUCGGUGUGAUGCUGGUGCUCAGAUAAAUCUUUCCUUGGUAUGAUUAGGUCACUGUGUGCUCCCCCCUCAUGCUUAAGAAGAAGUCGACAUUUCAUGCUCAGUUUAAAAUGAGCGUGACUUCUUUUUUUAGCAGUAAUUUAAAUAAAAUACCACAAAAACUACGACUACACUCGACUUAACCCUCGUGUCUUAAAGAAAAAAGGAAGUGGGGAACUUAAAAACGUCAGGGAUGGACUCUUCUUGGCACGUGACUCACACAGGUCACACAGAUUGGAUGAAUAAUCUUUUGAUUCGAGGGAAGAAGAACAUUUUUAGGUGUGAUUCAGAGUUCCUGGUGUUGAUUUUUCCACUCCACCGAGAGUUUGGCUGAGACGUGUUCAUCUAAACAUCUAAACAUCUGUUUGUUCUGUAAUCUGGAGUGAGUCGUUUCCCUUCACAACUAAGACUCAACUUAAAAUUUACUGAAUAUUUAAUUUGGAUUUCCUGUAAAUUGAGAUUUCCUCAGCGUCUCACAGCAAACACACUCCUACACACUCCCCCUUUUUUGAUGUUGCUGCUAACAUUUGAAUCUAUCUCGUCUCGUUGGAUUCGUGGCCUCGUGACAUUGUCUGCGUUUGUUAACACACUUCAUAGAUGUGGGUGAGAUCUUUGUGAGUAUGCCACCGGUUUGGGCAUUUCCUUCAUCAAGUGUCACUGUGGAAGUUUGUUUAACAUCCAAACUGUUUUCAGUGUUCAGCGUACAAACUAAAUGACUGUUAUGAAUUUCUAUUUGUGGAACCAGCACGUCCUUAUGAAGCUCUGCUGAUCUCAGUCCGUUCACGUCAAUAGGAACUUAAAUGCACUUGUACAGCGGUAUAUAUAAAUAUACGUGGAUCUCCUCUGAACUACUUCACUACUUUUCUAUGCAACCAAUGUAACUUUUAUGACACUGUUUUACAGUAUAAAGGAUCUAAUUUGAUAUUUAUGAGAAAACAUUUUUAAUGUCUUACAUUUGUAUAUUUGUGUAAAAAGUUUGUGUUACCUGUCCUGAUGAAUUUUUUUUUUUUUUGCUGAUCGAAUAACAACGCUUCACCCGA